AUGGAGAUUCUUAACCAGCCUUAUGUUGACCCUGAGUUUGAAUCCCUUGUUGAACGAAUCAAUGAUCCAAGAGUUUGUAUCGAUAACGACACAUGUUCACACUGCACGGUUGUUAAGGUGGACAGUGCAAACAGGCAUGGGAUUUUGCUAGAAAUGGUCCAAGUUUUGACAGACCUUGACCUUGUUAUUUCCAAAUCUUACAUUUGCUCCGACGGUGUAUGGCUCAUGGAUGUGUUUCAUGUGAGGGACCAGCUUGGGAAGAAAAUCACUGACGAGACUCUCACGCUCUGUAUUCAACAGGAACUUUGUGAUACUAGGAGGAGAGGAGGGAUUCAAAAGGACUUACAAACAUGUCUGAAAAGGAACCAUGCCUCAAUGGAACAUACGGCCUUGGAGAUAACCGGGAGGGACCGACCUGGUCUCAUGUCAGAUAUAUCAGCAGCUCUAUACGAAUUGGAAUGCCAUAUUAUACCAGCUGUCGCAUGGACUCAUAAUGGUCGCAUGGCUUGUUUAAUUCAACUAGAAGAUGGAGUCGAAGGAGGGCCUAUUACGGUUCCGAAACGACUGGCUCAAGUACAGGAGAAGCUAGAGAGUGUAACGGAGGCUCAUCAUGAGAAUGUAGAUGAGAAGACCGUACGGUUAACUGGUCUGGCAACCGAUAGGAUACAUACGGAGCGAUGGCUCCACCAGCUAAUGUAUACGGACCGAGACUACAAGUCGUGUCGAGGAUGCACCGGCAACUGCAGGCACCAGAAUGAGUGCAACAAUACUCAUGUAACGGUCGGGACUUGCAGGGAAAAAGGGUACUCGGUGGUGAACGUGAGGAGCAGAGACAGGAACAAGUUAUUGUUCGAUACAGUUUGUGCCUUCACCGACAUGCAAUACGUUAUAUUCCAUGCAGCGGUAAGCUUAAACGACUCCAUGGCUAAUCAUGAAUAUUUCAUAAGAAGGCAGGACGGGUGCAGUUUGGUUUCAGAGAGUGAGAGUCGUAAACUCACACAAUGUUUGAUUACGGCCAUCAAACGAAGAGUUUCCCUUGGAUCAAGGGUGGAUAUAAGUAGUGAGAACAAUAUGGGAUUGCUGUGGAAGGUGACGAGGGUGUUCCGAGAGAAGGACCUAUCGAUUUCAAGAAUGGAAUUAGGAACACAUGGGGAGAAGGCAAGCGGAUGUUUCUAUGUGACCGAUGCAUCAGGGAAUGAUGCAGAUUCAGGCACGGUGGAAUCAGUGAAACAACAGAUUGGGGGAUCUGUUUUGGCCGUGCACAAGUCUUCAUGGAGUUCGAGUACGAGUGAAGUGGAGGACAGGAGAUGUACAUUUUCAUUAGGCAACCUGUUGUGGUCUCUCCUUAGUAUUUAA